CUGCAUUUUAGUAAUGCAACCUUUUAUUUAAUUUAUUUAAUACAUUUUAAAAUUUAGGCUAUCACUUAAAAAAGUGCAUUGUAACUGGUACUUUUCUAGCAUUUUACAUUUAAAAAUUAAACCAAAGAAAAAAACCUUUUUCGUUACCCUCAACUAUGAUGGCGUCCCUGGUCAAGCCGGGCAUCUUUCGCCAUCUGAUGUGUCGCAACAACAUGUAUCCGCGCAGCGGCGUUCUCCGCUUCCCGGUAUCCGAUGACCAUGUCUUCUGGUCGGCUCCCUAUGCGGACUACUGUCCACCGGUGUAUACGGCGCCACAUAUCGGCGGACAAGUCUGGGCCGAUCCACCGCUGCCCAGCGAAGCGUUCUAUCCGCAGUGGAAUCAGCUUGAUGGCCAGGUAAACCGGGAAUCCUUUCACGGCGCCUACGAGGUAAAGGACGGAUUGCCUCUUAAUCCGAUUGGACGCACCGGUCUAAGUGGCCGAGGCUCACUGGGCAGGUGGGGUCCCAACCAUGCCGCUGAUCCCAUCGUGACGCGCUGGAAGCGGGACGCCGAGGGAGCCAUUGUGGCCAACUCAACCACCGGCAAAAACAUCAUUCAAAUGGUGGCCAUCCAGCGAUCGGACAACAAACUGUGGGCCAUUCCUGGCGGUAUGGUUGAUCCCGGCGAGAAUGUAAGCGUCACCCUGAAGCGUGAAUUCACCGAGGAGGCUUUGAACUUCACGGAUAAGGCAAACAUGGUGGAAAAGUUUUUCCGCGAAGGCGGUGUUCACGUAUACAGCGGCUAUGUGGAUGACUUUCGGAACACGGACAACGCCUGGAUGGAGACAACGGCUCUUAAUUUCCACGACGAGGAUGGCAAACAGGUGGGCCAAUUGGAGUUAAUGGCCGGCGAUGAUGCCACCAAUGUGCGCUGGACGGACGUGGACUCACAACUCAAGUUGCACGCCAAUCAUGCGGAUAUCGUUCGGGAAGUGGUUAUCCUUCGGAAUGCACACUGGUAGCCAUACAACAUUUGAGAUUUAUAUUUGUCCUAGUUAAGAAUUUGAUAAAUAAAUAUAAAACAUC